AGAAACCAGCAUUCUCGCAUGAUGGCGACAGUACCAGACGCGGCAGCGGUCCAGCCGAUGGAUGCAUUGUUUGUCUUGCAGAUCAUCAUUGAUGCGAUACAUUUGCAUCGUCAAUGUGUCUCCGGCGAGCUGGCAUGGGUGCGCCUGGGGUUUCAACUGCUGUCGUUCAAUGUCGUAGUGUUGGAUGCCGAGAUCCCGCUCACAGUUGCCGACGGAAACGGCGACGAAUUGACUGGUCAGGUGCGCAAGGGAAAGUCGUGCAUGUUUCGCAUGCACGCAGACGCACUCAUGGACGCUAUGGAAGCAAGCCCGUUGUCGCUAAUGGUUCUUGAGACCCCGACAGCAGCGGCCACAGGGCAACUAACACGACUCCUUGCCUUCACUUGCAUCGACAUGCCACGGCGCGAACGAUUUAACCAUGAAGCUGCCACUAUGAGGGAGUGGGUAAACAUUCAGAACAGUUGGACCAUAUACAACCAUGCCGGCGAUGCCGUGGGACUUGUGCAAGGUGGGGUCGUGCUUUCCCACUUGGGCAGUUCCCUCGCACCUCACCUUCAACAUGCUCUUGGUACGACGGCAUCUAUUAAAUACCUCGACGUGACAAAUUGCAGGGGCAGUUCAUGUGGCAGAUUCGUCGACUGACGCUGUUGACAUGGGAAGCAAUCAACCGACAACCGUCGUACAUGGAAUCGGUGUCAUGACAGAGACAAUACAGGUGGAGAAAGUAGAGGCCGGUGUGCAAUGCGAUGCGGAGUCAUGUCAAGUCGAGACAGUCGAGAAUCCGCGCAUUGUCGAAGCUGCCGUCGACUGCGACGACGUCUUCAUAGCACGGCGGCCUCCGCCACUGUUCUUCCAGCGUGAAGCUUUGUCACCCAAAGAAGCAAGGCCCAUCAAGCACGGGGGUAGUAUGGCUCACCUAAUGUUUACUCGGGAGUGAUCGUUCCUUGUGAAAUUUGAAAAUGCGCGCGAA